AUGCUUACCACAUCCCCCUACCUCCAUACCCGGCGCCCCUCGCCCACAGCCGCUGAGUUCACCCUCUCGACCCUCCCACUCCCCCUCAAUCUCCCCCGACGUGUCAUUCUCCUUGCAUUGAAUGGAAUCCGCGUCCUCUUCGGCCUGACCAUCCUCCUGCUCCUCUACUCCAAAUGGCUCCUCUCGUCUUACUCGAGACCGUUCCCUUCCUCCGACCACUUCUCCCCACCGCCCCUUUUCUUCUCCGACGGCUUCAUCCAGAAAACCAUCUUCAUCUUCCUCACCACCACCCCCGCACAGCUUUCUAUCCGUCUUGCAGACGCAACACCAUUAUGGAUCCUACUCCCCGCCACAGCCGCGGGCCUAUAUUUUAUCCUGCUGCGCAUAUACACCGAGGAAAGCCUGCUAGUACUCAGGGGCCUGGGGAUCCAGACGAGCUCGUCGGCGAAUACGGUGCUGGGGAGCCCGGUCACGCGAUUUAUCCCCACCGAGAAGAUAUUGGAUGUGUUGGUGAACGAGGCGUUUUUGGGGUUCGAAGUUAGGUAUUACUUGGUUGUGGUGGUGGAGGAUGACGCGGAGGUCGUGGUGGUAUUUCCGAAGUUGUUGCCGAGACGAAAGGUGGUGGAGGAGGUUUGGAGGGGGGUAAGGGGGUGUUUGAGGGAGGGGAAGGGGUAUGAGAGGGAGGAGUGA